GCGGAAUCAUGCCUAGAAGCCGCGUCGCCCUGGGCGUCAUAGCAGCAUAUCUGGGCCAUUGCGAGGCAUUACCAAUAGUGGAAGACGUCGUGUGGUUUACGGGCUCUCCGUCCUCCCGCUGGAAUGCCGUAGCGUCGACGUCGGUGUGCGCACUCGAUGUUUUCCACUUCGGAGUAAGAUUUCCAGCUUUUCAAUACAAGAAUCAUGACAAUUUUCAAUGGCAAUUAGUGGCCAAAGAUGCAGAAGGGUCGGUAAAAGACGCUGUCGUGGCUUCCGGGCCACUGAAAGUGACGCAGUUGAGCAGAGAAGAGUUCGAGCAGGAGGAAGAGAGAGAAGAAACUGCUGAAGAGGGAGAGAAACAGAUAGAAGAAGGGCUGGAAUGUAAUUUUGAUCCGGAAUUUUGCACCCCGAAGCUGGUAGGUAUUCGUCUACCGGAUGUCGAUGGGGAGAACGAGGACGGAUUUCCCUUGCAGAAAGACCAUUCCAUAGUGUUGGAGUUCGAACAGCCCACAAACCGACCUGGUGCGAGCUCCAAGGAGGAGAUUGAUCGAUUUGUGAGCUUUACAGAAUAUAUUGGCGAUGAAUUAGAAGGAAUAUGGUCAGAUGACGGCCGAGUGCUGGUGAUUCGGAUUAAGGACAUUGAUAAUGAAAAAGUGAAGCCAGUGGGAGAGUUAAUGCAAGGGUUACUGCAUACAAGUCUGUCUGUUGCAGUGGGGAAGGAAAGAAAUGUGCGAAAGGCGUGGUACGAAGGUUUACAGAGUUUACGAGUUGAGCCGCCCGGGAUAUAUGCAAUUCAUGUGUCUGGUCUGGAUGAGGUGGCGUUCUGGUCACCUGAGGUCACAGUUAUGCCUUGUGAUGCAUCGUUUAUUGUACUGGAUCCAACGCGAGCUGCAGUAGCAAAUGGGAAGAGCUUGUUGGGCGAGGUGUCGAGUGAUACGCAUCCAAGUUUUGCAAUCGAUGGGGUGAUGACGCAUGGUGGAGAUGAAGGGUUUGUAUUGCCGCACGAUUUAAUUCAGAUGGAGAUGCCAGGCUCCUGGAGCCUAAGCUUUUGGGUGUUUUUGACAGAAGAUUCUACGGGUAGUUUUCGAACUUUGUUCUUCAAUGGAGACGGCGAGAAUCAGCAGCGAACACCAUCAGCGUGGUGGAAACCAGACGAGCGUCGGCUGGUGCUGCGGGUAAGCACAAAUACCAGCACUGACAUUGGACUGGAUAGUCGCAACGAGCUUCCUCUAAAUGAAUGGAUUCACAUGGGAUUUACAUUCGUGAACUGUUCUCAAAGUGCCGCAUACGGAGCAUGUUCACAAAAUAAAACAGCUAAAAGCUGGGAUUACUCGUAUUCAUUUUAUGUCAACGGAUUGCUAGAUGCAGAGGUGCGUAUCCAUGAAUCUGUAGUUGCGAACACUGGUCCGUUGCAUAUUGGCAAGGGACCGUGGACGGAUGGAAUGAAAGGAUUUACCAGCAACUUGAGAGCAUUCCCCGUUCCUAUCUCGUCAGAAGAACAUCGUCAGCUCUACUUCUCGGGAAGGCACCAUCACAAUAACUACGCGGACUGCAGUGAUAAUUCAUACUUCGAUGAAGAAAUGAAAAAAGCGACAAUGCAAAUAUCUUACUUGUCCCAGUGCUUCGAUUAUGGAGAAAAUGAUACCGUGGUAACCAGUGAUGAAGGUUAUGAUAAUUCCCGUUUUGAAGAAAUUCAAGCGACUACGUUUGAAAAAUCCGCCGCAGCGUUGGAUUCAUGCGAUCCGGAUGGAUGGGAUCUCUUACUGGAAGCUGCAGACCUGGAGCACCCAGCUGCCUGUCGUGGUGUUGGCGAGGCAUAUUUGUUUGGAUCAUCUUCAGCUCUUCAUCAUUGCCCAGCACCAGAAUCCAUUAGUCAAAACUGGACACUUGCGGAAAAAUAUCUCGCUAAAGCUUUUAAUGGUGAAAUCUACAGUGCUGGAAAAUCUCUUGCGCUCCUGCUUGCAGUUAUUAACACAGAUACAUUACAACUCGACUUGUUGACAAAUGGGCUAAUCCAUUUUGCUGCAGCUAGUGGUGAAAAAGAUGCGUUUGCUAUGCUGGGGCGUCGAUAUCGCGCUUCUGAUGUGGAGAUAGCAGCGUAUCACUAUUAUCAUGCGGCGGUGGAAGCGGCAAACGCGUUUCAUCAACUUGGAAAGCAGCCACUGCACGAGAUGACGCGAUUGUUUGACUCUUUCGAGAGAGAUAUUACUGUGGGUGAACGAGGCGACGAUGACGAGUUGAUUCAAUUCCAAAAGGUACGCGCAGAUAAUGGUGAUGUUGAGGCGAUGGCAGCAAUGGGGGAUCUGUAUUAUUGGGGUGCUCAUGGGGUCCCACGUGACCAUACACAAGCAUACAACUAUUUUAAUCGAGCAGCUCAAGCUGGUAAUGUAAACGCGCAAUCAGCUGUGGCAGGUAUGCUUUUGAAAGGUGAAGGAACAGCUCAAGACAAUGUCACCGCUAUCAAAUGGUACGAACAAGCUUCAGAGAAGAAUCAUACUCGAGCACUGAAUGGUUUAGGAUUCAUCCACUUCCACGGUAGUGGUGGCGUCCCUGAGAACAAGACACUUGCUCUCGAGUAUUUUGAACGUGCUGCAUUAAACAAAGAAGACGGCGACAGUAUCUUUAACGCUGGAUAUUGCCAUGCCAAGGGCCUUGGUACAAGUGUAAACGUCAGUCGUGCCAUGGAAUUCUAUGACAUGGCAGCGAGAGAAUUUGGACACUUCGAUGCCAUCUUUGAAAUGGGAAAGAUUCUGAUGCUUGGAGUGUCUGGAGUAGUGCCACGUAAUAGUGAAAGAGCAGUAGAAUAUUUGAAGGCAGCGUGUGAUGGAGGACAAUGGGGGCGUGUAGUGAGGAAGGGGUUCGAUCUAUACACUAAUGGAGAGUAUGAACGCGCUGUUGUUGCGUACCAUGAAGCUCGCGAGCUUGGAUAUCCUGUAGCAACCAGCAAUUUAGCCUUCCUCUACGACCAACGUCUGUUGCAACUAGGGAACAUAGCGAGUGAACGCAGAGCACUGAAGUACUUGCUAUUGGCGAAUACUGAAAACGGCGACAGAGAAACCCUCGUGCGAAUCGGAGAUUAUCACUACUACGGACUUGCUGGAAUGCGUAAGGAUCCAAAGGUUGCGCUGCGGUGGUACAGUCGGGCAAGUGCUGAGGGUGUCGCUGUUGGAGCCUUUAAUGUUGGUCAAAUGUACGAGUUUGGCGACGGUGUAGGAGUUAAUCUGGAACGUGCGCAACGAUAUUAUGAUCGCGUGUUGGAGCUCUCAGGUGGAGCAACAGAAACUCAGUUAGCAAUCCGAUUCGCAAUGGCUAGGCUAGCCAUGCGAAGUUGGUUGCAGAACACUCCUUUUGGCAGACUUCUUGGGCCGGAAAGACCGCUAGAUAGAGCGGAAACGAACAUGUCAGCUUCAAACUCGACCGCGCUGUUUGACGCAACUACGAGCUUCUUUGACGGCAAAGUGUGUGUGCUAAUUUCCACAACGGCGAUCAUUUGUGUCUCGAUCGCUGUGUGGUAUUUCCACAGCAAUUAAUAACAACCAGGCGAAUUAAUUUCUCAUCCCAGCGUCGACAAGAUUUAACGAGCAGUGGUGUGAGCAUCCGGUCGGACAAACUGUCUCGUGAGCAAACCAUUCCGUUAGGUGAUCCAAGUGGCCGCCAUGUGCACAUACAGGACACCAGACAUAGAGACCCCGUACUGGUAGUUGACUACAAACAAACAAAAGAAUAAGUGAACACCUACAUCUUUUGCUCAUAUGCUUAAAGGUGACGUACCAGAUGGAGCAUAAUGUGGCAGUGUUGCUGCAACUUGUACAAAGCGAGAUUGGUACACCAAGGUCGCUGGGGCCAGACGACUCGAGAGGUUUGGAGCAUCUUGCACAAUUGAAGUAGACGCUCGUGGAUUUCUACAAAGCACAGAUCAGUAUCGUCAUUGCAGUCACACCAUAAGCAACUUUUACAACAUACCAUAUUCAUCUGUCGAAUGGAUUGGUCCGAGCAAUUUGCGACCAGUUCGUUUGCCGUCGUGUAGAUCUGCAGCUGAUGAAGCAGAUCGAUGUAGUGCAUGUAAAUGUGCUGCAGCCACGCCUUCCCCAUGACUUUCUCAACACUAGUCACUUUCCCCACGACAACCGUGAUGGCAACACACGACUGUAAAUCUCCGAUCUCCGUGUAAUACUCCAGUACUUCCUUCAGCACAUCAUCACGUAGAUGGCCUAGAUCCCCCAUGACGGCACUCCCAUUCAUGAUCAUCGAUGAAUUCCCGCGUACGUUGGCCACUCCAGACGUUCCAUUGCGAUCUCCAGCUUCUCGUCCGAUCUCGUUUGCGUGUCUUCCAGUAUGAUCAUACGGAUACGGAUCGAAUCCUUCCAUCGCUUGCGGAUUGACAUGGUCGAGUUGCUCCAGUAACAUAGUCGUCUCGCUCGCGUUAUGACCGUGAGUCGCGUGACUGUGUCCAUCAUGACUAAACUCUUCGCUGUCGUGCCUGUCGUCUCUCUGCACAAAACCAUCCACUUGGUCGUCGUGGUUGCUGUCACUUGGAGAACGCUCGCGGUUUUCGUCGUCCAGAUCUCGAUCUUGACCAUCUUCGGCAGUAUAAUGUUCGUUGGUCUUCAAUUUACCUCCACUCCGCUUAACUUUUGCAAUAUCUGCUUCUUCGUUCGCAUACAGAACUUCCAAGAUGCGCCACAUCUGACACAAGUGCGAAUUUCCGGUGACAAAUGCGGCCAAAGCGUUAUGCGCACACAUUUGCGCGAAGCUAACUCCACCCUUAUCACCACCACCUCCAUUACUGUUCUUGCUGGCGCCUUCGGGGAAUAGCAUGUAGUGCUUAGCCAAGAACCGGAACGUGUGCUCAUCAAACCCGAAAGACUCUUUCAAGUACUGGCCUUGCUCGAAUUGUGCGCGCAUGGCUUCAACUUGUUUCCCUGCUUGCACGUACUCGCUCUCAUCGCCCAGGAAGAUUUUCUCGAGUUGGUGCGAGUUGUUUACGUUCUGCAUUGUCACAAGCGCCACUAGCGCACGAGGUACCGCUGAGCCGGACAUCAUUGGAGUUCCAGGCGAUGCAGACGCCAACGAAGCUGAUGCGUUCGAUACAGACACAAAGUUCCCGUCCGAGUGCACGUUUGCUCCUCCCGCAGUGCUGUUCCCCUGCAACGAUAACAUGUUCGGCUGAGAGGACGACGCUGGGCCUGAUCCUCGGGCGAUUCCACCUGAUCCCAUGCCGCUUACAGCGUUGAGGCUGCUGCUUCCCCCUGCUGACUUAUAACCCGUCCCCGUGGACGAUGCUCCACUCGAUAAACUUGUUAAGUUCGCACUACUACCCGCUGAUCUGUUCAAUCCCUUGGGCGCUAGAGGAGGCUGCUGUGAUCCACUGAACGACCAAGACGCAGUGCGCGAAGGCUGCUCUUGAGUUGCUCCAGUAAUAGUAUCGUCUGGGCUUUCGACGCUGCCGUGAUAAGGGCUUAACGACAUUGUGAGUGGGCCACCACCAGACUUUCGAUCACCAGUUAACGGACCGAGACUUGGAGAUGACGACGAUACUCCCCCAACUGUAAAGAGCGAACUACCCAAACUAAAGUGACGAUGAAUCUUCAGGGAAGCACACGAUCGAUCUACAAUAAAUACAUAAGCAUAAUUCUUCUCAUAAAAAUAAUAAAAAAAGAGCAAAUCGUACCAAUGUAGUCGUGGGAAAAUGCGACUUGUCCUUUAGAGUUGAGCGC